AUGUCACCUUCUGUUCUUCACGACGAGACCUUCGAUGAGGAAGUUCCGAUCCUAAUCAUUGGUGGUGGCCCAUCCGGUCUAUUAUUGGCCUUCAUGUUGGAGCAACUCGGCGUUCGAUCACUGAUUGCUGAAAAAUAUGCGACGAGGUUGGCUGCUCCCAAGGCUCACGCCCUGAGCCCUCGGUCACUCGAAAUUUGUCGCCAAUUUGGACUCGACGUGAACGAUAUUCGCAGGGUUGGGACCUCUCGCAGCGAUGCCUAUUGGGUCAACUUCAUCACCAACUUGGCUGGCGAGCACGUCGGCAAAUUGCCCUACGAGCGCAUGGACGCUGAAGUGCUUAAUAGUACCCCUACUAUGAUUCACAAUAUCCCACAGCCUGCUUUUGAAGAGCUAAUUGCCAAGAGGCUAUCUAAGAGCAACCUGGUCGAGAUUCGCAAGAACCACGCAUUUGUCGACUUGAAACAGUUUGACGGCCACGUUAUCACGACAAUCAUGAACCGUGAUUCAAAAGAAGCUACCAAAGUCCGCUCAAAGCAUGUGGUUGCCUGCGACGGCGCAAAGAGCGCUGUGCGCAGCUUCCUUGGCAUCGAAAGUGAGGGCGAGGAUUCUUAUGAAACAAUGAUGACUAUCCACAUCAACGCAGAUCUACAUCCCAUCAUUAAGAAGCAGGUGGGCAUGCUCCAUUGGGUUAUGGACCCUUUGGUAUCUGGAUUUAUAAUCGCCUAUGACUUGGCCGGGAAUCAAGUUCUGAUCUGCAAUUUCGACUCCGGAAAAUGGCCUGUCGAAUCGUGGAAUGAAGAGCACUGCCGCAAGGUCGUCGACGCUGCCAUCGGGGUGAAUGCUAAGUACGAUGUUCUCAGUUUCCAUCCCUGGAUCCUGAGCCGAAAGGUCGCCAAGUCUUACAGCAAUGGACGAGUGUUCCUUGCCGGUGAUGCCGCUCAUUCCUUCCCUCCCACUGGAGGCCUAGGCCUGAACUCUGGGCUUGGUGACGUCCACAACCUGGCUUAUAAGCUAGCCGCGGUGCACCAUGGCUCCGCCAAGGACGCUAUUUUGGAUACAUACCAUGUCGAGCGUCGUCAGGUUGCUCUGGUUAAUUCGAAACAGAGUGUGAAGAACGGAAAGAAGAUUUUUGGUUUGCUGAAGACCCUCGGCACUACUGAUCCUAACAUCGACGUUGCCCGUCACAAUCUAUACCAAACGAUCCAUGAUGAAAAGGCUAGGAUCGAUAUCAACAGGGGCAUUGAAGAUCAACGUGAGCAUUUUGAUAACCUUGGCCUACACAUCGGUUACGUAUAUGGCGACAAGCGCAUCCCAGACAAUGCAUCCGUGUAUGAGCCAAUCUGCGUGCCGGGAGCUCGUCUGCCGCAUGCCUGGAUUAAACUCAUUGAUCUCGAGAAGGUGCAACUUCCUGCGAUUGACUCAUCAUACGUUGGAGGCGAAUCACACAAGGUAGCAGAAAUGACCUUUUCUACACUAGAUCUGUGUCGCUUUGACGCCUUCACUAUCCUAGUUGACAAGAUGUUUUCCUCAAACUUUGAGUCUGCCAUUCAAGAAGCUGUCAAUCAACUUCCUGAAAAAUUGGCAUCUGAAUUAUCGGUGCAAGUUGUUGUUAAAGGUGUCGACUUCUUGCUGCAGCCGGGACAAGAAAAAUGGGAUGAUGUGGUUCCUUUGAAGCAGGGCCUGGCGGUAUUGGUGCGUCCAGAUCAACAUAUCAUAGCCGUGUUGGAUCGGAACACAGGCGCGGCUCAAGUUUUAGAGGUUUUGGGGGGUCAUUUGGGCUGGUAG